CUGCCUUAACAGAUCAUUCGGAGAGUGACUGCAUUAUAAUUAUUGUUUUGUCGCAUGGAAAUUUCGGAGAACUUUUCGCAUUCGACACCACGUACGAAGCUAGUACCGUGUGGAAGUUUUUUACGGCAGAUAACUGUCCAACGAUGGCAGGAAAGCCAAAAGUAUUUUUGAUAUCAGCAUGCGGAGGAAACGGAGUAGACCCUGGUGUCGACACAGAAAUUACGGAGCAGAUAGAGAUGGAUACGUCUAGAAGAAAAUUUCGGAUUCCAAUCAUGGCCGAUUUCUUAAUAACAUUCUCAAGUCAUCCAG